AUGUCCAGCGCGUCGCACGACCCCUUCUACUCCUCGCCCUUCGGCCCCUUCUACCAGCGCCACACGCCCUACAUGGUGCAGCCUGAGUACCGAAUCUACGAGAUGAACAAGCGGCUGCAGGCUCGCUCCGAGGACAGUGACAACCUGUGGUGGGAUGCCUUUGCGACAGAGUUUUUUGAAGAUGACGCAACCUUAACACUUUCCUUUUGUUUGGAAGAUGGACCAAAGCGAUACACCAUUGGAAGGACCCUCAUCCCUCGUUAUUUUAGUACUGUCUUUGAAGGAGGAGUGACAGACCUGUAUUACAUCCUCAAGCUCUCAAAAGAAUCCUAUCAUAGCUCCUCCAUCACAGUGGAUUGUGAUCAAUGCACCAUGGUCAGCCAACAUGGAAAACCUAUGUUCACAAAGGUGUGCACAGAAGGACGUCUGAUCUUGGAAUUUACCUUUGAUGACCUUAUGAGAAUAAAAACUUGGCACUUUACCAUAAGACAAUACAGAGAACUUGUCCCUCGCAGUAUUUUAGCCAUGCAUGCACAAGACUCUCAGGUUUUGGAGCAGCUGUCCAAAAAUAUCACUCGUAUGGGUCUGACUAACUUCACUCUCAACUACCUCAGGUUGUGUGUAAUAUUGGAGCCAAUGCAAGAACUAAUGUCAAGACAUAAAACAUAUAAUUUAAGUCCUCGGGACUGCUUGAAAACAUGUUUGUUUCAAAAAUGGCAGCGGAUGGUGGCACCUCCAGCAGAGCCUGCAAGACAGCCCACCACCAAAAGGAGAAAAAGGAAAAAUUCUACUGGCAGCACCUCCAACAGCAGUGCUGGGAAUAAUAUCAACAGCACCAACAGCAAGAAGAAAGCCACAGCAGCAAACCUGAGCCUUGCCAGUCAGGUACCUGAUGUGAUGGUCGUUGGGGAACCCACUCUGAUGGGUGGAGAAUUUGGUGAUGAAGAUGAGCGGUUGAUCACUAGACUGGAGAACACACAAUAUGAUGCAGCCAAUGGCCUGGAUGAUGAUGAAGACUUCAACAAUUCCCCGGCCCUAGGAAAUAACAGUCCUUGGAAUAGUAAAACUUCGACCAACCAGGAGACCAAGUCUGAGAACCCCACACCCCAGGCUUCCCAGUAG